AUGGCGGAUUUCGGUACGCAGAACAACCGACCUUAUGGCGCACCUCAAAGAGCACCGAAUUAUGGUGUGAGCGGGCGAGAUGCUGCCUUUGCAAACGUGUUCGGUGGUCCUCCUCCUCCGAGAUCUCAAACCAUGACCUCUCAGACUCAAGACUACUUAGCAGAACGAGCCCCAAGCCUGACCUCUCACUCUUCAACAACCAUGUCACCGAACGGCAUCUCACCUCAGCGAGAACGUCCUCCACAAAGACAGUAUGAUAGACCUGGGCCGAACGGCUACCGGAUACAGCCUGGCGCAGUUCAGCCCAAUGGGUUUGGCCCGCCGCGUCCGCCUCAACCGAACAUGCCAACAGUAUUUAACGACAGAAGAGGUUAUCCACCUGGCCAGAUGAUGGACCCUAACAACAUGGGCUCUAUGCCACCCUAUCAGCAGAAGCCAGGUCCAAAUAGGGUGCCGCCACCAGCCCUGAAUAAUGAUCCAUACCGUUCUCGUUCCAUGGUCCGCCCUGGCGAGACGCCCCUCUCCAUGUACAGGCCACCACCACCAGGCUUUCAACCAGGAACUGCUGGUUACAAUCGACAACAACCCUACGCAGGUGCGCAAGGUCCAUCUGCUAUGACAGCCCAAGGAAGGCAGAUUCCCCAGCGCAUGGGUGAUGAAAGAGCCAUGACAAUGGGCAACUACAUGGGCGACAGAGACCACACACAAUUGACCAGUGGGAGAAUUGUACCUGGUAGAAGGCGCGAGUCCGAAAGCGAUCCUUUCAUGGAACGAAGCGCUACAUUCACUUCCUCAACUAUUGCGAAUUUACCGCACCACAUCCCGGCAAAAACGAGGCGUCCGAGCGAAGGUAGUAUUCCUGCUCGCACAGUCUCCGCAGCUAGCGGUCACAGCAUCGAAUCCAAUGCGUCGACGGCCGUCGACAGCAGGACCGGAAGCCUGAAAGAUCGCCCUCAACACCCACAGCAUUCUUCGAGUGGAUCGACCACACAGACAGUCGUGCAGAGGCGCUCACCUCUGGUCUAUCCCGCAUUACUCUCGCGAGUGGCCCAGGCAUUUCAAGAAAGAAUAGGUCUGGGCGAACGCAGCAAAGAUGAUAUCUCUUACAAAAACGCCUUCACUGGUGCCGAGGCUGUUGAUUUGAUUGCCUAUAUCAUCAAGACCACUGAUCGCAAUCUUGCCCUUCUUCUCGGACGAGCCCUGGACGCUCAGAAAUUCUUCCAUGAUGUUACCUAUGAGCAUCGACUUCGGGACGCUCCUGGAGAAGUGUAUCAGUUCCGAGAGACUAUGGGAGAGACGGCUACCUCUGCUGAUGUGAAUGGCGUAUUUACUCUACUUACUGAAUGUUACUCCCCAACAUGUACAAAAGAUAAUCUAUGCUACUCGAUAGCUUGUCCGCGGAGGUUGGAACAACAGGCGAGGCUCAACAUGAAACCGGAACCUGGGCUCAAGCACCAAUCUUCGAAGGGAAGUUUGCACGAUGGCGAUGACGAAGACAUCAAGUUGUGGAUCACCAAUGUACCAAAAGACAUUUCUGAGAAGCUUGACGACAAGGAAAAGAAACGGCAGGAAAUCAUCUUUGAGAUCAUGUACACCGAGAGAGAUUUUGUUAAAGAUCUGGAAUAUCUGCGUGAUUUCUGGAUUCGACCACUACGCGGGUCAAUACCUGGCAUGAUAUCACCCAUCAAGGAGGAGAAGCGCGAAAAAUUCGUGCGCACAGUCUUCGGCAAUUGUAUGGAUGUCUUGGCUGUCAAUUCUCGUUUCGCUGAAGAACUGUCUAAGCGACAGAAAGAGGCGUACGUGGUCCACAGCAUCGGUGAUAUCUUCUUGAGAUGGAUUCCCCAGUUUGACCCGUUCAUCAAAUAUGGUGCAAACCAAAUGUAUGGUAAAUUUGAGUUCGAAAAAGAGAAGGGCUCGAACCCGACGUUUUCGAGGUUUGUGGACGAGACUGAAAGAUUGAAAGAAUCUCGGAAGCUCGAACUUAAUGGAUAUCUGACAAAACCAACGACACGUCUAGCAAGAUACCCUCUUCUGCUGGAUGGUGUAUUCAGGUACACGAAAGACGGCGACCCUGACAAAAAGGACAUACCGAAAGCCAUCUCAAUGAUAAGAGACUUCUUGGCUCGAGUGAACGCAGAAACUGGAAAGGCCGAGAACCAUUUUAACCUGAUUCAACUCAACCAACAACUAAAGUGGAACCCUGGAGAAUAUACCGACUUGAAAUUGACAGAGGAGAAUCGUGCAAUCCUGACGAAGAUGAGCUUCAAGAAAUCACCGACGGACAACGCUGAAGUGCAAGUCUAUCUCUUCGAUCAUGCAGUAUUGAUGUGUAGAAUGAAGACCAUCAACAAGCGAGAAGAGCUUCGAGUGUACCGUAAACCCAUACCUCUUGAAUUACUUGUUAUUGCCGAAAUGGACCAGGUGAUACCUAGGCUUGGAAUUGGCAAGCGAACAUCCUCCAAUCUCUUACCAGGAACACGAACCAAUACGCCUGCUGGUCAAAAGGAGGUCUUCUCAAUCACCUUUAGACAUCUCGGCAAAGGUGCUUAUGAACUUCAAUUAUAUGCGUCAUCGCAUACGCAGCGCAAGAAGUUCAUCGAAAUCGUCGAAGCACAGCAGAGCAAGCUUCGCGAGAGGAGUAGCAAUUUCUACACAAAGACGAUUUUAUGUGAAGCAUUUUUCAAUGCGCAGAACCGUGUCAAUUGCCUUGUACCAACUGACGGUGGUCGCAAGCUCAUCUAUGGUACUGAUAAUGGUAUCUACCUUGCAGACCGCUGGCCCAAGGACAAGACUAUCAAGCCGAGAAGAAUAUUGGACGCCACACAAGUCUCGCAGAUAGAUACUCUUGAGGAGUAUAGAUUGCUACUGGUCCUGGCGAACAAGUCUCUCCUCUCAUAUCCAUUCGACGCCCUUGACGCACAAAAUCAGAAUCCUCUCGCCAUCCGGCCGAGGAAAAUUCAAGGUCAUGCAAACUUCUUCAAAGCUGGAAUAGGCCUCGGACGUCACCUGGUAUGCUCUGUUAAGACCUCAGCACUUUCAACGACCAUCAAAGUAUAUGAGCCUUCCGAUGAUGUUACCAAGAGAAAUAAUAGAAGCGGCAUUGGUAGAAUGUUUGCCGGUGGUCAAGACGCGUUGAAACCAUUCAAAGAAUUCUACAUUCCCGCCGAAUCAUCCUCUGUCCACUAUCUACGAAGCACGUUGUGCGUUGGAUGUGCGCGAGGCUUCGAAGUCGUGUCCUUGGAGACUACAGAGCGUCAAUCACUUCUGGAUCAAGCCGAUACCUCGUUAGAUUUUGUGACGCGAAAGGAAAACGUCAAGCCUAUCCACAUUGAGCGCCUCAACGGAGAGUUCCUGCUGAAUUAUUCCGACUUCUCUUUCUUUGUCAACAGAAACGGUUGGAGAGCAAGGCAGGACUGGAAGAUACAAUGGGAGGGCACCCCACAGGCCUUUGCAUUGAAUUAUCCCUAUAUUUUGGCAUUUGAGCCAAGCUUCAUUGAGAUUAGACAUCUCGAAACAGCGGAGUUGAUUCACGUGAUGACAGGGAAGAAUGUUAGAAUGCUUCACAGCAGCACUAGAGAGAUACUGUAUGCAUACGAGGACGAGAAUGGCGAAGACGUCAUUGCUAGUCUAGACUUCUGGAGUAAGGCACAGCAAGCGUAG